AUGCAGAUAUUUGACGCUAUUGAAAAUGAGAAGGUGGUCAACAAGACUGUUGAAAUAUACAAUAUUGACCGUGCUGUAUGUGGUCGUAUUGCGGGUGCUGUGGCUAAGAAAUAUGGUGAUACUGGUUUUGCUGGGCAGCUGAACAUAACAUUUACUGGGAGUGCUGGCCAAUCAUUUGCUUGUUUUCUGACACCUGGAAUGAACAUCAGACUUAUUGGAGAAGCUAACGACUAUGUAGGAAAGGCCAUUGGUAAUUGGUUGAGUGUUAUUCUGAAGUUACUGGUUCAAAUUUCAAAGGGCAUGGCUGGAGGAGAAUUGAUUGUAACUCCUGUUGAAAAUACUGGAUUUUGUCCGGAGGAUGCCACCAUAGUAGGGAACACCUGCUUAUAUGGAGCGACAGGUGGUCAAGUAUUUGUCAGAGGUAAAGCAGGAGAGCGUUUUGCUGUGAGGAAUUCUCUUGCUCAAGCUGUUGUAGAAGGCACUGGGGACCACUGUUGUGAGUACAUGACAGGAGGGUGUGUUGUUGUGCUUGGAAAGGUUGGUAGAAAUGUAGCUGCUGGUAUGACUGGGGGUUUGACAUACAUUCUUGAUGAGGAUGAUACCCUUAUAUCUAAGGUAAACAAGGAGAUUGUUAAGAUCCAGAGAGUGGUUGCUCCG